AUGGGUCUCAAUGGCACAAUCCCACCUCACUUGGGAAAUCUCUCAUUUCUUGCUUGCCUCGAUAUUUCAAAUAACAGCUUUCAUGGCUCAAUACCCAUCGAGUUGUCUAAUUUGUGUCGUCUGAAAUAUAUAAACUUUGGUCAAAACAACUUCAGUGGGGAAAUCCCAUCAUGGUUUGGUUCUUUCACUAUACUUCGAAGCCUGUUUUUGUAUAGUAACAACUUCAACGGUGCUGCUCCAUCGUCAUUGGGCUAUUUGUCAAACUGGAAGAGUCACAUCCCAUCAGAUAUGUUUGAUGUCCUUCCGAAAUUAAAAUUUCCAUCUUUGGAUUAUAACAACCUACCCUGUAGAAUUCCAGCCAGCUUAUUCAAGUGCAAAGAGUUAGAACAUUUAGACUUGCGUUACAACUCUUUGGAGGGAAGUAGCCCUACAGACAUCAGGAAGUUGACUAUGCUCAAGAAGUUAUUUCUCAACCGGAACAACCUCGCAGGUUGCUUGGGAAGAAGUUUUAACAUCAACAAAAACCAACUGGAAGGGUCAGUUCCUCCGUCUUUGCUUAAUUACAAGGAUUUGAAACUAGUAGAUUCAAGGAACAACAGGUUACAUGACACCUUUCCGAAUUGGUUAGGAAAUUUGGAACUACAAGUCCUUAUCUUGAGAUGUAACAGAUUCUAUGGUCGCAUAGAUGAUUUCGAUGCUACAUUUUCCUUGUCUCAUUUGCGAAUUAUCGAUCUCUCUGACAAUGACUUCAAUGGGUAUUUGCCAACAAAAUUGUUUGGAAAUUUGAAUGCCAUCAAGGAUGGGAAUCAAAAGAAAGUUGAAGCAGAGUAUAUGAGGGAUGAUUAUUAUAAUCGGAAUAUUAAUGUGUACUAUGAUCAAUCUAUAUCCAUUACAACAAAAGGGUUGGAGAGAGAGGAAACACCGAGGGAGGACAAAUCUGAGAAGUUGAAAAGGAGAUUUUCCAAGCUUGUCCCCGCGGCUGGAAAGAGUUCUCUCAUUCCCUAA